AUGUCGACUCUACGAACACAACUGGCCGGAAUCUGCGGCUCCACGUCGCUGGCAUGCUGGAUCGUUGUCCUUCUGCCCCAACUCAUCGAGCAAUGGCGCCUGCAGUCCGCUGAAGGCAUUGCGAUUGGAUUUAUUCUUGUCUGGCUGGUGGGAGAUAUCACCAACCUCGCAGGAGCCCUGUGGGCGGGUUUGCGAUCCAAUGUGGUCUUCCUGGCGGUAUGGUUCUGCUUCGCCGACGGCUUGAUCAUUGCCUCCUACGUCUAUUACACCUACUACAAGCCCCCACCACCAGCGGAGAACGAGAACGAGACCGAGCCUCUGCUUAACCGACGGGGUAGCGAUGCCGUUCUGCAACCCAUCGUCGAGAACACCUCCACCGAGAGCCGAUGGGUCCGAUACGGUGUCCCCGUGGUUCUGGUCUUUGCUGCCGGAACUGUCGGCUACUUCCUCUCCAACGACAGCGGAGAGCCCCCUGCCGAAGACCCCCCUAUGCCCGUUGGUGCCGAGAUUCUAGGAUACCUGUCUGCCGCUCUCUAUCUGCUGGCCCGAAUCCCCCAGAUCAUCCGAAACACCCGACGAAAGUCCGUCGAGGGUCUCUCUCUGCUGUUCUUCAUCUUCUCGCUCCUUGGUAACCUCACCUAUGCCGGCUACAUCCUACUCUUCUCUACCGAGUGGGACUACGUUGUCAAGUACAUGCCCUGGCUCAUUGGUUCCCUUGGAACAAUCGUCGAAGAUCUCAUCAUCUUUGCCCAGUUUGCUGCCUACAACGGAAGCACACAACAUCACGUUUCGGCCAUCCUGGAUUAA